AUGUACGCAGACGAAUUCUCCUGCGUAAUCACAAGGUUCUGUUCCAAACCAAUCCACGACUCAACUUCGGCACCGCUGCUGUGGUGGCUCUGGAACGAUCUACUCGACGCCCUGCCGCCGAUAGGUGGGACGCGGAAAUGCAGACUCGACUUCAAACCCGCCUUGAGGACUGACAUAGCCCUGCCCUAUGCGCUCACCAUCGACAUUUCAAGCAAAAACAACAAAGACAACAUCGAGCUUACUGCGUCGUAUGGCGGGCUAUUUGAUGAGCGGCGCAUCUUUGAUGCAUCUAUCACGCAAUUUGGCUUUCCCAAGUCGGAAAAGUACGGCAAGCUGACCAAGGCUACCCUGGACAUCAGCCAAGACCCGUACGAAGGAAACGGCUGCGUCGCUGACAUUUUUGAAUACCUCGUGCCUUGUUUGGAGAGCGAAUGGCGGCGCGCCAUGAACGCCUUACCUGCAGAGAAAGAGGAGGACCUGGUCAUCGCUCUAGCUAAGAGUGGCAAAGCGGGAGACGACCGCUUCCCCAUAUCGGAGAACCAACAACAGCAGUUCCGGAACCUGCUACGGCGCUUUCCGAUCGACGCCAGGGAAUACCUAGCCGAGAAUGGGCUCGUAGGAAUGGAGAAGGGACCGUACAGCGAGUCUGCAUUCCAAGCCCCAGGUCCGAAGGACUAG